AUGUCGUUAGCAUAUGUUGUGCUUUGCAUCAGUUGUGUUAUUUAUUCGACCAAAUCCAUUGAAGUGAAUAGAGAAAUAAAAAAUUUCAAUAAAAGAGGUAUUUUGAAUAAUAUACCAAAUUCAAACCGAACAUAUGUCAGAAAAACAUACCAUGAUACGCGAUUUUGGCCUCAAAGGGAUAGCAGAUUUCUUUCACUUUUCACGGUUGUGACGUUUCCAAACGGAGGAUGCGCGGGUGCAUCUGGAGAUAACGGUACUUGUAUGACAGCGAGAGAGUGCUCCCAACGAGGCGGAUCAGCUAAUGGAUACUGUGCAAAUGGAUUCGGAUUGUGCUGUAUAUUUAUGAUAUCAUGCGGAAGUACAACAGCAGAGAAUGGUACUUAUUUCGUAAACUCUGGUUACCCAUCGCCAUACGACGGUACUGGCUCCUGUGAACUUACUGUUAUAAAGUCACACCCGGAUGUGUGCCAAAUAAGAUUAGACUUUGACCGUUUUACAAUCGCCGGCCCGGAGAAAUCUAACCAUGUUUGCAAUCAAGACCAGUUCAUAGUAUCUGGAGGUAAUCCUGUUCCGGCAAUCUGCGGCGUAAAUCAAGGCAAUCACAUGUACAUCGAUGCUGGAGUUGGAACUACAAAUCCUGUUAAGUUAACUAUCGUUACAAGUGGGAUUUCUUUUGAAAGGACAUGGAAAGUUAAAGUCACUCAGAUACCUUGCAGUACUAUUUAUAAGGCCGACGAAGGUUGUCUCCAAUACUACACUGGAGUUUCAGGUCAACUUCGAUCAUUCAAUUAUGACCCCGCAUUUGGACGGCAACUAAGUAACCAGGAUUAUGGAAUAUGUGUUAGGAUGGAGAGAAAUUUUUGCGGCAUUCAGUAUACUGCAUGCCCUGAUACGGUUAACAACAGGUCGCGUUCUUUUACGAUCGGUGGCAAUAGUAACAAUCCAGUAAACUCCAUGAUCGGAUCUGGUGCUGGUCCAAAUAACUGCGCCUAUGAUUGGCUGCUUGUACCCUGUGCGGCAAACGUGGGAAGAAUACAACCAGCGCAAGCUCUUUGCACGGACAGAAUCUGUGGUGGCACCUUCUCUGCUGAUCUGUCUAUGCAACCCGCUACAGUUCUAAGUACAGUUAAGCCAUUUCGUCUUUGGUUUCACACAGACAGCGUAGAAGCACCGGUAGACAUAGACAACAGAGGAUUCUGUUUAAACUACGUUCAACAGCCUUGUACCAAUAAUGUUAUUUGAUUUUUUUUAGCUUGUCACAGCUAC